GCCAUCUCGAAACAGGCGUCCCCUUCCCGUCCCGUGUCUUAUCCACUCCGCUCAAGAUUUUAUUUUGUGGAUGCCACCGACCACCAGCAACCUCCCCGAUUGCUUGCUUGCUGCUGCUAGCUCAGGCAAGGCAUUGCGCUUGAUCCCCCGCCGGCCGGGGCCGGACACGCUUGGUUUAAAGCUGCUUCCUUUUUUUUCCUUUCUGCCGUUGCUUGGAUUGUUUUGAGGGGGUUCUUGUUGGCAAUUUGAUGGUGUCUCGAUGUGCAUUCCCCAGUUUGUUGUGAGUGCUGCUUGGGGAAGAAGAAGAAGAUGAUGAUGACGAUGAUGCGGUCUCGCUCAGUUUCAUGAGCUUAAUUGAUGAGCUAUUCCGCGGCCAGCUCUCAAGGCAUCGCGCUCCGGCUCCUGCUGGGCUGGAGGAUCCGCCGCCGGAGGGUCUGCUGCGCAUGCAAGAUGUUCGGCGCUGGUUCCGAGAGGGGCAUGGUGGUGUUCGCCGCCAAGAAGGGGAGGGGGAGGAGGCGGCGGCCCAAGAGGCAGCCGUCGCCGCGGCCGUGGUGGAAGGCGUGGUUCUCCGACUGGAACGACGACGAGGAGAGCCUGUCCGGCUGGAGGGAGGAUGACGAGCUGCUCGAGGAGGUCGGCGCCCAGGAAGCGCUGUCGGACGACGACAAGUUCGAGACGUGGAAGAGGAAAGCCGAGGCUGUUGUCGAGCUGCGGGAGGCGCGGCAGGACGCCAUGAACGCGGAAGGCCGGUCGUGGGAGGAUUGGAUUGGUGGAGGCAGCACGUCGGAGGAUGGCGCCGGCGCCGGCGGCUGGGGUGGGGAUGUGGAUGUGGAGGACUUGAUAACCGAUGAUCCUGCAGAGAUAGUGAGGGAUAAAGGCUUGAUUGAAACUUUUAGGGACUCCAUCGAUGAAGAUUACAAUGACAUGUUGUUUGAAGACCGGGUUUUUCUUUAUGCUUCAACGAACUCGGCCAAAUUUCUAGCAUUAUUGAUUGUGAUUCCAUGGGCGUUGGAUUUUCUAGUUCAUGACUAUGUUCUGAUGCCAUUUUUGGAAAGGUAUGUCCAGAAGGUACCACUUGCUGCUGAGCUGCUUGAUGUAAGGCGCAGCCAGAAACUCCUGAUGGUAAAGGAUAUAAAAACUGAGAAAGCAAGAUAUCGUUUUGAAGUAGAGAUUGGUCAAUCUCCUCCACUUUCUGAUGAUGAGCUCUGGUCAGAGUUACGGGAAAAAGCGAUAGAGUUAAGAGAUGAAUGGAGAUUAGAAAAUCGAAAGGCAUUUGCAAAUAUCUGGUCUGACAUGGUUUAUGGGGUUUCCCUAUUCCUUCUUAUGUACUUCAACCAAAGCAAAGUUGCGAUGCUGAAGUUCACAGGAUAUAAGUUGCUAAAUAACAUUUCAGACAGUGGGAAAGCUUUCCUUAUAAUUCUAGUUUCAGACAUCCUUCUAGGGUACCAUUCAGAGUCAGGUUGGCAUUCCUUGGUAGAAGUCAUUCUCGAGCACUAUGGCCUUGAAGCUGAUCAAGCUGCAAUAACCUUUUUUGUUUGUUUGGUUCCCGUUGCGCUGGAUGUAUUUAUAAAAUUUUGGGUAUACAAAUACCUUCCAAGAUUAUCGCCUAGUGUGGGUAACAUUUUGGAUGAAAUAAAGCGUCAUUAGAGAGUUUCCAUCAGGAAGUUGAUCUGCUUAAUUCUUUCCAUUAAGGAAUUUGCAGGGAAGGCAAUCCUUCCAGGUAUAUAUUCGUUGUUAUGUACCUUUGGCGUAUUUGUUUUAUCACCAAAGGUUGAAUAACAACUUAGAAAUUAGUAGGAAAAUUAGCCAUCUUUGAAUCUUGAUACAUUAAUUCCCACAUUGCCUAUUAUGGGGAUAAAUGCUCAUCUUUGGAUUCUGAUGAUAUGGAUGCACCUUUCUAUAUGUUAAGCUUUUGUCACUUUGUUUUUGAAUUAAAAGAUAGCAAAAUAGCAGCUUCGAAAAUUGCAUGGUAUAACUUUUGGGAACUCAUUUAUGAUGAUGUAUGCAAGGAGCUUAU